AUGGAAUUUGUUCUCAUGGGGUUUUCCGAAAAUCCUCAUCUCCAGUGGAUUCUUUUUGGGAUAUUUUUACUCAUGUACGUGACUAUUCUGAUGUGCAACAGCAUCAUCAUACUGCUAACAAACCUUGACCCUAAUCUUCAGACGCCCAUGUAUUUUUUCCUUAGCCACUUUUCCUUUCUAGAGAUCUGUUAUGUGACAGUCACCAUCCCCAGAAUGCUCAUGGACCUUUGUACCCGGAAAGGAAAUAUUUCUCUGUUUGCCUGUGCUGCCCAGAUGUGUUUAAUCCUUACUCUUGGGGGCACAGAGUGCCUCCUACUGACAGUCAUGGCCUAUGACCGCUAUGUGGCUAUCUGUCACCCCCUGAACUAUGCUCUGAUCAUGAACCAAAAAGUCUGCGUGCAGCUGGUGGCUGCCUCCUGGAUCAGUGUGAUUCCAGUUGUGAUUGGAGAAACCUAUCAGAUUUUCUCUUUACCUUUUUGUGGGCCUAACAGGAUUAACCAUUUUAUCUGUGAUAUCCCUCCAGUGCUCAAGCUUGCUUGUGGUGACACAUUUGUAAAUGAGGUAGAAGCCAAUGUGGUAGCAGUGGUUAUUGUCACUGUGCCCUUUCUGUUGAUCAUUGUCUCCUAUGGCAAAAUCAUCUCCAAUAUUCUGAAACUGUCAUCAGCCAGAGGAAGGUCAAAAGCCUUCUCCACCUGUUCAUCUCACUUGAUAGUUGUGGUCUUAUUCUAUGGGACAGCCAGUAUCACUUACUUACAACCCCAAACCAACCAGUCUGAAGGACUGGGGAAACUGUUGUCUCUUUUCUAUACUGUCUUUAUCCCGACUUUGAAUCCAAUCAUAUACUCUAUGAGGAACAAAGACAUCCUGAUGGCACUAAAAAAAUUAAAAACCAAUAGAUUGAAAUGA